AUGGCUCAUUAUAAAGGAGCUGCCUCUGAGGCUGGGAGAGCUAUGCAUCUAAUGAAGAAGCGUGAGAAAGCACAACAAGAGAUAGAACUACGUAAGAAGAAAAUAGAGGAGGAUUUGAAAAUAGAAAAUAUAGAAAAUAAAUUUGCCACCCACUAUGAUGCAGUAGAACAACAGCUUAAAAGUUCCACUAUUGGCCUUGUUACAUUGGACGAAAUGAAAGCUAAACAAGAACAUAUAGUACGAGAACGAGAGAAAAAGUUAGCUCAAAAAAAAGCUGAAAAAGAAAAGGAGCGACAAAAAGAAAUUGAAGCUAAACAGGCCCAGAAAAAUAAACAAAAACGUCAGAUUCAGGCACUGUCAUUCAGUUUGAAUGAAGAUGAAGAAUCAGGUGAUGAAGAGCCUGAACAAAAUUGGAAAGAAAAACCUGAAGAACCGGUUUUGAAGAAGAUAAAAAAGAAUCCAGAUGUUGAUACCUCAUUUUUACCAGACAGAGAAAGAGAAGAAGCCGACUUAAAAUUACGGGAAGAACUUAGAUUAGAGUGGGUCAUGACACAAGCAAGCCUGAAAGAUGAACCAAUUACUGUCACAUUUAGUUACUGGGAUGGAUCUGGACACAGAAGAAAUGUUACUUUAAAGAAAGGAAAUUCAAUUUACCAAUUCCUCCAGAGAUGUCUUGAUACACUAAGGCCUGAAUUCAGCGAGCUGAAAACUGUUUCUGCAGAUCAGCUCAUGUAUGUCAAGGAGGAUCUAAUAUUACCACAUCAUUAUACAUUCUACGACUUCAUUGUCACCAAAGCUCGUGGAAAGAGUGGUCCUUUAUUCCAAUUUGAUGCAUCAGAUGAUGUGAGAUUGGUUAAUGAUGCAACUCAAGAAAAACAAGAUUCACAUGCUGGCAAAGUCCUUCUGAGGUCUUGGUAUGAAAGGAACAAACAUAUUUUUCCAGCAUCAAGAUGGGAACCAUAUGACCCCACUAAAACAUAUUCCAAAUAUACCAUCAAAGGAAAAUAG